AUGGCUAGCCCACCUGGAGACGAAGACGGGCAAGAUGCUCCUUCGCACAGAGCAUGCGCGCACUGUCGCUCCCAGAAGGUCCGAUGUCUGCCGCACGAGACGAACGCAGAUGUCUGCCAACGCUGUGCGAGAAUAGGGCGACCAUGCAUCUUCACGCCCCUUCGGAAGCGCAAACAGCGCAAACGUACAGACACGCGCGUAGCAGAGCUCGAGCGUGAGAUGCGCGCUAUGAGAGCGAUGCUCAAGCAGAGACAAGAUGCUACCAUACCACGACCUUCAGAGAAGCCUCAAGAGGCGCUCCAGGGCCAGAGGUCGGAGCAAUCGAACCCGACGGCGACGCAGACAGGGAGCUCCAUACGGUGGGAACAGCAGAUCUUCAUGAAUCGGCCAAGCGGAGACGACGCCACUGUACAUGCAGAGACAUCGAGCAAGAAAUCAACGCCAUUGCUCCCACAUGAGUUUCCAGCGUCUACAAAAGCGGCGGUAAAUGAUGUCGUAGACCGUGGCCUGCUUUCAAUGGCUACGGCUCGGCAGCUGUAUGACACGUACCGUCGAGAUCUAUUUCCGCACUAUCCAAUCAUACCCCUUCCUGCGGCGACUACUGCCGACGACAUGCGCCGGUCGAAGCCAACACUCUUUCUCGCGAUAAUUGCUGCUGCUGCUGGUAAGGAUGACUCCGAGCUCGCGGCUACUCUUGACAAGGAGAUCCUCCAUGCCUAUGCGACUCGAAGCUUGAUGCAGAGCGAGAAGUCACUGGAGCUUGUUCAAGCUUUGCUAAUCAGUGCAACAUGGUACCAUCCUCCCACCAAAUUCGGUCAGCUUAAGUACUACGAGUACAUGCAGAUGGCCGCGAACAUGGCCAUGGAUAUCGGAAUAGGUACGCGGCCUGUCCAAUAUCGAGAGGAUCCAUCUAAUCCGGAUCUGAGUAUGACGCCUCGUUCUCGUGAUCCGAGCCCACGUACAGGCUCGCUAGAAAGUAGGCGGACAUUCUUAGCCGUCUAUAUGAUCUGCGCUGGUGUGUCACUGAGUUUGCGGAGACCGAAUAUGUUACCAGUGAACAGUUACGUGCGAGAGUGUCUGGAGUACCUAGAACGCUCGCCGGAUACAGUCUCAACCGAUGGGACUUUGAUCGUAAUAGCGAAGCUUGCUAUGAUAGCCGAAGACCUCACCGUGAGCUUCUGUCUGACGGACCCCGGCGGCAUAGCGUCCAUUGCAGAUCUGCGGACACAGCUUAUGAGGAAGGAUUUCGAUAAGCGCUUAACUGCUUGGUAUGCAUCGGUGCCGCAAGAGAUCUGCAAUGGCUCCGCGAUGAUCAUGUAUUACACCUUACGGCUCCAUUUGCAGGAAGUUGCACUGCACAUAGAGCACAGUCCAGACGAUUUCCAAGCGCCUUACCAAAUGGGUACUAUUCAGCCUUUGACAACGCAAGACGUGCCGACAGAGGUGCUGGCCGAUGCAAUAGCGGAGUGUAUCACCAACGCUCAUGCUCUGCUCAACACUUUUCUGGCUAUCGACGUUGACAGCCUCCGCGCUUCUCCAGUAUUCAAUUACGUUCGGGUUUCAUUCGGGGCAUUUAUUCUGGCCAAGCUCUGCCUUUCCGCCUCUAGCUCAACCAGCAGAAUUGGCAAGGUUCUCGUACGCAGCAGUCUGAAGGUUGAAGGGAUCAUGGAUCGCAUCAUUCUCCAUGUGCGAAGUGUCGUCGGUCCGCACCGGUGCAGAGUCCCGGCAAUCUUCCUUGCGCUGCUUUUCAAGCUCCGCCAGUGGUGCCUCAAUCCAAACAUGAUCGAGACUGAGAGCGGACCCAGUUCCAAUGUGGGUGGCCAGAACCGGAACGUUUUACGGGAACUUGCAAGGCCGCCUCAGGCGAUAGCAGGUGCUCGCAUCAUUGAGCAGCUAAGCAGUAGUGAUGCAUCGCCGGAAACGCUGAAUGGCGGUCACAGGGUUGCCUUUGAGAGCGUAGUUCAUCCGGCAGCAACUACUUCUGCGCUUGCAGCGGCUUCACUUCUGGUGCCGGAUCUACAGGGGCAUUCUUCCGGCACACCGUCCAUAUCACCCGACUCAGUGAACCUAGCACCAUUGGAUAACGAUGAUGUUCGUGAGGACGAAAUGCAAUUAGACAACGAAAUCAUGAAUUUUAUUGAUUCAAUGAAAGACUAUGACUUUCCUGAGGGCGGACUCACCGGUCUGGAUGACUGGAUACCGGAUUUCACACCUAAUACUCAAGCGACGGAGUUGUCACAUUAUGUUGAGUGA